GCGGCAGUGUUAUUCACGAGUAACGCGCCGUAGCGUUCCAUAGCCCGCCACUGUACGUCCAGCUCGUUCGAGCGCCUCUCAAACACGUCUCGCCGUUUGCGCGCGCUAGGAUUUUAUAUUUAAUUCGUGCGUACAGCACACGAUUAUUAAUUACCGAUUAAUUUUUUUUCCGCGUCUAUAUAAUCCGUUCUGUCGGUAAAGAAUUAAUUUUUUUUCCCCCGUCGUCCAAACGGCGGAUCGCGUCUGCGAUAAUAUUUAAAUUUUUCACAAACCGUCAUCGACGACCACCGGCAGGGGCCCGUCUAAUAAAUCCGUGUAUAUAUAUAAUUAUAAUAUUAUUAUACACGUUGACUAUUGCGGUUUCAUUUUACACCAUACCGUUUUCAAUAUCGUUGCUAAUAUCAGCCGAACGACGUUCGACUCGGGCUACACACACACACACACACACACACACGUCUGUCCGUCCUUCAGUCACGACGGAGUUUCACGCGGACGCCCGGUGGACGGAAACCACUGUCAUCGCAGGCGUUAGCGGUAUAUGAUGUUAGCCCGGCGCCGAAGACGCCGAUACCGACGUGACAACGCCACAGCGACCAUAAGGAAGACAGUGAUUGGCAGUGGAGCAGCAGCAGCAACAGCGACAGCGACAGAGACAGCGACGAUCAGACACAUCGGGGAUAGCAGCGACCGCGCACCAGUGACGAAGAGCAGACAUGACAACGACGGUGGGUCUUCUGUCGCCAUUGUUGCCGCCUUCCGCGGUGACCGCUGCCGUGGCCGAAGAGCACCAGCAACAGGACUAUUAUUACGUGCCGCAGCCGCAGCCCACGCGCGUCGUACGCAUGAAAAUGUGGAGUGACGACGACGACGAAAACAAUUAUUGCGCCGACGACAAUUCGACGAAUAGUUUCUUAUUACUGAACAACAUGGGUAUUCAUGUUCCUCCGAUGACAACGAUAAAUGCAAGCAUGUCAAAUGAAACUGGCAGUGAAUCAAAUGCUUGUAAAAGACGGUUAUCCUCGUCAUUAGAAAAUGAUCAUAUUCCUAAAAUAGCAAGGCGUAUGCUUAAUAACGAGGAACUUUUGCAAAAUAAUCAUAUUGUCGAGCAAUUGGAUACGGCGUCUCGACUAGACGACGACGAUGCAACAUCAUCAAUUGUUGCUGCUAUAGCGGCUGUUACUGAUGAUUCUGAUUGCAGUAUUGACGAUGACGACGAUGAUGAAGACGAUGAUGAUGAUGAAGACGACGACGAUGAUCAAUACUUGCCCGCUGGUAGCCUGUCACUAUCAUCGUCCAACAGUAGCAAUGUCGCAAAUUCCACAAAUUCUUCAAUGUCGACAUUAUCGCCUUCCCAACAGCAUCACACUCAGAACCAUUGGAGACAAAAUCACCAGCAGCAGCAAACUAUCAAAUGCGAUACUAACGGUAAGUGUUAUUUGGAUUUAGGUAGUGGUGGUAGCAGCACAACGCUGACAACAACCAUGACUACAAUACAACCACGAAUCAACAGUGAACCAGAAUGUUGUGAACUGGGGCGCUGUGUUCCUUCAACGCAGUGCUACAGACGGCGCAGAGCCGCAGUGUUUGAUGCUUCAAUGCGCAAAUUAGGAAAAUCAAGCGGCGGGUCUGGAAAUAGUAGCUCACAACAAAGCUGCGAAGCUGGACUCCGGAGGUCCGUGCUCAUUUGCAACACGCUGAGAUUGAUUGAGCGUGAAAUGUCCCGAGAAGCUGCUGCCGCAGCGCAACAGGCUCAACAACGGCGUUGCUGUGCAUCGAAUACAUCACAGCAAUUGAUUCAACAGCAACAAAUCGAUGUUUCACACCAACAUAACAACCAUAACAAUAACAACAGACGAUCUCCUACACCAUACCCCUCGGAAUACAGAAAUGGCCGACCGGAAAUGAUGGUUGAACAUAACAGUAGUAGCAGUAGCAGCAGCAGCAGUAGUAGCAGCACAACAGAUUCCAUAGACUCUGGUGUCGAUGACGAAUACUAUUACGAUGAUGAUGAAGACGAUGACGAUCAUCAUAGCCACACUACAGUGAUGGUAAAUAAUCAUCAAAAUCUAAAUAAUCAUCAUCUCCAGUAUUACCAUUUGAACGGAAGUAUUGAAGAUUGUGACAAUUAUAUUCAUUCUGAUGAUUAUGACGAAGAUGAUGACGAUGAAGACGACGAAGACGAAACUACUAAUUCUCCUUUAACGGAACUACAAAUUUAUGAUAACAGUUUCAAUAACAAAAGAAACACGGCAUUGAGUAUUGGGGAUCAUCAUUGUGACGAUAACAUACUACCGUUAAUGGGAAAUAGUAACACAACGACAGUUACAUCUAUCGAUUGGGGCUCAGUUCUAAGUUUGUCAUCGUCGAACAGCAACAACAAUGGCAAUAAUUCACAGUCUACUUCGUCAAAUUCAAUAACAUUGAUGACCAAUAUGGAUAGUGAUUGUGACGAUAUCACAACGAUAAUAUCUUCUUCAAAUCUAGAUCGCAAAUCUCAACAACACAAACGUAGAAGGCGACACUAUAAACAUAAUUAUAAUCAUAGUCAAAUUCAUACAAAACACAGACAUCACCAUUCCCAUAACCAUCAAAGGUCGCAAAAACGUCGAGAGCGUGGAAUAACAUCAUCAUUACCAAUGUCAAAAAACAGGGCAUCAAAUUAUCAAGUUCUGUCACAAGUAGGUCCUUGUAACAACGAAUAGAUUAUCUACUUUAUAAUCGAAAUAAUACGCUCAUUGGAUAUUUGCUUCAAAUUUUAAAAAGCAUCAACACUAAGGUAUCAGACUUUGAUAUUACAAUGGCAAACUAUAUUUACCUAGAUGUUUACACGUGUACCUGAUAGAUCACAUAUUAUAUAAUUAUUGAAUGCCUACCUAAAAGGUAUGGAUAUGCAAAUAGCAACCAACAAGGAUGGCUGUGUAAUAUUAUAACCACCGGGCAGCUCAAUUAUUAUUAUUAUUUUUUAAUUUUAAUGUAGGUUAUGUUAUUCUUUAUUAUCUCUUAUAGUAUAUAUUUAUGCGGACGUAUGUUUUUUUUUCAAAAUAAAUUAACAACCAAACAUUACUAAAUUUUCCAUCAUAACACUUUCACUAUAGCAAUUUAAUGUUUUGCAAUAAAUAUAUAUGAAUGCGUUGAUAUAAUGUCAUAUAACAUGUUAAGAGACUUGUUACCAUUUUAAAAGUUUUAUAUAUAAUAUAGUAUAUAUAUAUAAAUUUUUAUAUAUAUUAUUAUUAUUGUCUUAUCGUAAUAUUAGACUAUAAAUUAUAUAUUACAAUCAAUUGUUUUAUAGACUUAGGUUCCAAAUUUCAGUUACAGAUAAGAACCCCUCCCACAACACCAACAAAAAUUACUUAUUUAUUAUUAAAUAUUUUAUAGUAUGAAUAUAAAUUUUAACCGUACACUUUUGAUUUUUAAUUUAAACUAGUUAUUCAAUACAUGGUGUAAUGUAACAAUAUUAUAUUUUAUCUGAUGCGGCCUAUUUUGUAUUUGACAAUUUUUGAUACUAAAUGUAUCAUUAUAUCCGUCCAUAGAUAAUGAAACACAAGAUAAAAAUUAUCAACUUACAAUAAUUAACAGCUGUAUCUGAACAAAAUUAAUUUAUCGUCCAAAUAGUAACAUUUGUUUUUUUAUCAAGAUCUCUUUUUUCUUUUAAAACUUAUUUGUA